CAAACGGGCCGUCGUCUCCUCCACCAUUUUCCCUCCUCCCAAAAUCGGGCUUCAAAUAACUUAACGCGCCAGCACGCCCUUUUCCGCUGCAGUUUUCUGUCACUUUCCCGAGAAAGAUGACAAGAAAACCUAGGAUUCCGGAGGUCCUAUGGAGGCUCUUCCAGAAUCGCGCUCGCACUCUCUCCGCCACUAUCAUUUCCCUGCUUUCGCCGUCGCCGGCGGACGCCGCGUCGCUCCUCAGGCCAGACGAUUCCUCCGACUAUCGCGAUCUCCUCAGCCGUUGCUUCGCCGUCGUCUCGGAAAAUGCGCCUCCGCUCCCUCUAUUUUCGCCUCACGAAUUCCAAUGGUCACAGCAUCAGAUAGUGGAGAGAACCAUUGAAAUGAUAAUCUCUGAGAAAUCCGCGUCUUCGAACGUAAUUUGCAGCGGCUACGAUAAGUGUAAUCAGUCAAGUCCAUUGGUGGAGCUUUUAUCUGGUCCAGCUUGGUGUCUUCUUCUAGAAAGGGUUGGGGAAGGAAUCAUGGCUCAUUUACUAAAACAUGCAUCGAUUUUUAUGCCGCUUGAUCAUAAGAAAUACCAUCAGGUGGCUGGUACUCCUAUCACUAAACUAUGCUUUGCAAUGUCUAAGCAUAUGCCAAAGUCUCAAAGGCCAAGUUAUCUUCUCAUUCCAAGUGGACCCAAAAAGAAGAGGGAAAGAGAUGAUGCUAUUGUUCCAGUGUCAAAGAGAAAUCACGUUGCUAGUUCCAUCAGUUCUGAUGGAGUAUCCAGUUCUUUUACCUGUUUUAGCAGUCAUCACGAGGACAAACAGUGUCAAAUGAAUUUAUCUGUAGCGGCUUUAGAAAUAAAAGAGAGUUCAGUGAAAAAUACCAAAGACAAUUCAAACCAGGAAGUUCAACAGAACUCAAAUCAGAGUAUACCAAAGCUUAGGAAGCGUUCAAGACCAUAUAGUUGGCAGCGUCAUAGAAAGCGUAGACAGUUAGAUUCUCAAGAUACGGUUGUCAUUACUUCUUCUACAAGUAUUCCAAUCCAAAAGAACAUGUUAUCUGAAAAACGUGGUUUGAAAGGCAAUGAAGAAUUUAUGGGUACUCGUUGGUUGAGACAAGUUCCAAGAAAAGUCACCAGAGGGGCUCAUAUAAGCAGAAAACUCUUGUUCUAUAACUUGCAAUGUUUUUCAUCAGUUUUCCCCAGAAGACAUAUACUGAAUUCCUUAAAGCCCAACUCGUCCGAUUCAAUGUUUCUUCUUGAGAGUAUCUUCGGCUUAUCUGAUGUAGUGGAACACUCUGACACAGUGGCGGGCUUUGAAAAUAAUGGUUUUUGUCUCUCAGAUUCUGCUUCUGUAUGUCUGUUUCACUCACUGAUUAAGAACCUUAAGAUUCUCAUUCGCAGAACUCGGAGUUGCCAGCAUUUGAGAUUAUUGAAUAAGCAUUGUACUGUUCUGACACUGGAUCGAAAUGCUACUGGAAAUUCUGAAUGCUCCCAUAAGGGGAGUGAGUUUGAGAACCAGCUACUAAAGAAAUCUCAGGAUUGUUUUAGUAAUCAGAGCAAGAGUUCUCUGGAAGCCAAUCAUUUGGAGGCAAUUAAAUCAUAUUGCCCGAAAAGUCAGGUGGUGUCAUUCAUAUGGGCUGUUUGUAGGAGUAUAGUCCCUGCAGAUUUGCUAGGAACUCAGACUAACUGGAGAAUACUGAGAAGAAAUAUUUCUAAAUUUAUUCGACUUCGAAGAUUUGAACAUUUUUCACUAAAACAAUGUAUGCAUAAACUGAAAACAUCAGCAUUUCCAUUUUUGUUGAACAAACAUUCUUUAUGCUGCUUGAGUGAUCAGGUGGUAGAACGUGCGGAGGGGCAUAGUUUAGAGACUAGUCAAAUCAUUGAAUUAAAUAAAGUCACUCAUUCAAUGAAACAAAGACUUUUGGAAAGCUGGAUUUAUUGGUUCUUCUCAUGUGUAAUUGUGCCAUUAUUGCAAUCUAACUUCUACGUAACAGAAAGUGAACGUGGUAAGCGAGAUGUCUUUUACUACAAGAAGUCGGUAUGGGAGAUGGUGAAAAGGAGAGCCGCUACUUGUUUGAAAAAUCAGAACUACGUUUGUUUGGAUAAUGCAGCAACUAGAGAGAUUGUAUCAUGCAGAACAUUUGGUUUUUCAAAGCUAAGACUACUUCCGAAAGAAAAUGGAAUAAGGUUGCUGGCUAAUCUAAAAGCAUCAUCAAGAACGCUGCAGGAGUCCUAUGGGAAAAAUGAAUUUUCUGGAACGCAUAAAAGAACAGAUUGGGUUAAAAAGUCAGUUGAAUUUAAAUAUUUCAGGUCUGUGAACUCUGUUCUUCGUGAUACACAUGCAGUUCUAAAGGGUAUGCAGUUAAAAGAGCCUGAGAAAUUAGGAUCAUCGGUGUUUGAUUACAAUGAUGUCUACAGAAGAUUGUGCCCAUUUCUAAUUGGUCUAAAGAGGGGAUCAUCAACUAUGCGUGGUGUAUUUAUGAUUGUUUCUGAUGUAUCAAAAGCCUUUGAUUCAGUUGACCAGAACAAGCUGCUUUCUGUGAUAAAAGAUGUCAUAAGUGAGGAGAGGUAUACCCUGAAACAGUCUUGUCAAGUUUUCUGCACAAAGAAAUCUUUGUCAGUUCGUGAGGACCUUGCAUUAUUGGAUCAAAAUAUCAAUUCAAGGAAUGCAUCUUUCAUCCCACUCCGUUCACCAGAUAGCAUUCUUGUUAAUCAGGAGUGCAGCAGAUCUGUGAAGAAGGAAGAGCUCUUAUUUAAUCUGGAUGAGCAUGUAAAGCGCAAUGUAUUGCAAUUGGAUAAAAAGUUUUAUUUGCAACGUGUGGGCAUUUCUCAAGGAAGUGUACUUUCUUCUCUGCUUUGCUCAUUAUACUAUGGAGAUAUGGACAGGAAGGUGAUUUUUCCAUUUCUUGAAAGAACGAGUCAACGUCCUAUACAAGAUGUUCUAAAGAAAUGUGACUGUGAAAAUGCUUCCAGCGCACAAUUUAGCGACAAUAAAGUUACCUCAAGCAUCGAUUAUAUGCUACUUCGAUUUAUUGAUGACUUCCUUUUCAUAUCUACCUCCAAGCAGCAGGCUAAACACUUCUUUUCUAGGUUGUCGAGAGGAUUUCGGGACUAUAACUGUUACAUGAAUGAGGGAAAAUUUGGUGUUAAUUUUGAUAUUGGGCGCAUAUCAGAGCUAUCAUCAAACAGGCUGUCUGUUGGUGAAGAUGGUACCUCUUUUCUUCGAUGGAGUGGCUUGCUUAUUAACUGUUCCACUUUAGAAGUGCAGGCGGACUACACAAAGUAUUUGAGUGACCAUUUAUGUUCGAGUCUUACUGUCUGCUGGCAAGGAAAACCUGCUCGUCAUUUAGAGGCUAAGUUGUGUGGCUACAUGAGACCAAAAUGUCAUCCCAUAUUCUACGAUUCCAAUAUCAAUUCUGCAGGUGUUGUCAGAUUAAAUAUAUUCCAAGCUUUCUUGCUGUGUGCCAUGAAGUUCCAUUGUUAUUUCUGCGACUUAUCAUACAUCUGCAAAUUCCAAACAAGAUCCUACUUAAGAAUUAUUGAAAAAUCCUUCAGGUAUAUGCAUUUUUUGAUAAAGAAAAGGAUGUGCUCUGCAAGUCUUGGUUUCGGCCUCCAUCCGAUUCUACAUUUGGAAGACGGUGAGGUUGAGUGGCUUGGACUGAAUGCUUACAUCCAAGUGCUGAAGAAAAAACAGUCGCGGCAUAAAGAGCUGCUGUCUUUAUUAACAUCUAAAUUGUCGGCUCAUAAUUUAUCUGGGACUAGAUCAACUCAUCUAAACUACGCAAUUGAUGCUUCACAUUCAUCUUUAAUGUGGAAAAUCAAGUAUUAGAAGAUUCUAAGAGGUCAAACUUUGGAUUUCUUUUUUCUUCAUAGUUCAAGAAUGCUUGGGGAGACAAUCAGGAGGAAAAUUUUCGAGCUAUCAUUUAUUCUUUUGAACUUCGUCUUCGAAUUUCCGAAGAAAGAAUGUUGGAAUUCUCCUUUUUUUUUCCUCAUUCCGGAGCUUUUGAAAUUCUCUGUAAAUAUACAGCUCGAUAAUGUCUUUCAUAGGUUUCUAUAUAGGCACUCUUGUACUUGAAACAUCAUGUUCAUGUCUCUUCUGUGAUUUCAAGAAGAGACCUGACAAAUGUUAAAAUGACAAGUUUUGUGCCUUAAAAAGUGAAGUGAUAAGCUGGCUUUCCCGAAGACAAUUUUCUUUUCAUCUCAACUCUCAGGAUGUUUAGCU